AUGCUCAACAAAAGGAAUUUUAAUUAUCAAGCACAAUUAGGAAACAUUGUGUGCUGGGUGCCAAAGGGCAUGCAAACAGUCACGGCAUUUCCAUCUCGCUCGAUGACAAGAACGACACGUGUGCUGGAACGCGUACACACAUAUGUCAUGGAGUUUCUGACGCUUUACGAGAACCAAUGGGGUGCGCGACUGAGUUGUUUACGAUCUGACAACGGAACCGAAUUUGUAAACAAGACAACGGCUGAAAUAUGUCAACAGAACGAAAUUGUACACCAGCGCUCCGUUCCAUACAGCCCUAAGCAGAACGGAGUGGCGGAGCGUAUGAACAGGACUAUCAUGGAGACGGCCCGCAGCAUGUUGCAUUACAAGAGCGUCUCGACGGAUUGGUGGACGGAAGCGGUAAACACAGCGGUUUAUUUAGUUAAUCGCUCCAGCAAUACGGCCCAUACAGACAUCACACCCUACGAGCUGGCUUUCAAAAUGAAGCCUCAAAUUGAUCAUUCGCGCGUGUUUGAUUCGCACGGCUACGCUCACAUUGACAAUGUGAAACGGACCGAACUGGAGCACAAGAACUUCAAGUUUAUGUUUCUUGGCUACGCAGAGAAUGUCAAGGGUUAUCGCGUGUUUGACUUGGAGAAUGCCAAGGUCAAAGUGACUCGCUCUGUGAAGUUGUAUGAGCGUGAGGUGGACGGCAUUUGCGACACGCAAGAGGUCAAGCCGGAACGAACGACUCAAGCAGUGAAGGAUGGCGAUGAAGUCAAGGUUCAGCAUCAAGUGAAUCGACAGCCAGUUCUGGACGAUCCGAUGGAGGCUGUCGAAGUGCCAGUUGCGGAUGUCGAAAUGGAUGAUAUGGUUCACGCGCCAGGCAUCGAUGUACAGCGGCUAAUGCCUUCUGAGAGCCCUGUACAAAAGAGACUUGAGCUUAUGGAGAAUCAACAACCGACCUAA